AUGGGGAGGACAACUGGCGUGUUCGUGCAAAGGAAAAAGAAAUCUAAUCGAAGCGCAAAGUUUGGCUUUGUAAGGUUUUGUAAAGCAGAGGAUGCGAAAGAAGCAAUACAAGCACUGAACGGGCUGAAGCUAAAUGGAAGGCACCUGAAGGUUUCAUUGGCGAGAUAUCCCUUCUUUACUAGGGGGAGGGGAAGGAAAUCUAUCAGGGGUAGAAACGGACAGGGGAGAUUCAUAAUAGAGGAGGUUAGAAGACAACAUUGGGUACCGAAACCGUUGCAGAAGAAGACAAAGACCAUCCAGGAAAGAAAAUACGCAGCUUCUGAAUGUUGCUAUAUCUUAAAGGUGGAAAGCAAAGAGCGACUCAGCAGAACAGUAAUAGCCACGCUACGAGAACUGCAAAGCAUAGACUUUGUGCAAAGCUUCAUGUCUGGACUAGGUUGGUCACAUUGCAAGAUAGCUUCAAUGGGAGUUAGGGAGGUGCUGUCGAGUUCAGCACAAAGGAGGAGGUGUUCCAGUUCAUGA